AUGGACGCCUCCUCCCUCCGCAUCUCCAAGUUCGAUGGAACUAACUUCCACGCCUGGAAGUUCAAGAUGCAGAUGGUGCUGGAGGAACGGGACCUAUGGGAGGUCGUCAGCGGUGAGAUCAAGGCGGAACAGUGCGAGACUCAGUUGGACCAAGCGACGUACAAGAGGAAGUCAAGAAAGGCGAUGGCAGUGAUCUGUCUAGCCAUGGAAGAUUCCCAGCUACCGUUGGUCCGGUCGGCAAGUGGUGCAUGCGACGCAUGGUCAAGGUUGGAAGACCACUUCGAGAAGAAGAGUCUUGCCAACAAGCUGUUCUUGCGCCGUCGCUUCUUCACGACAAUGAUGGAAGAAGGCGACGAUGUGCUCGAACACAUCAACAAGCUCAAGACGCUGGCGGAACAGCUAGAAGCGGCGGGGGCUCCAGUCUGCGAGGACGAUCUGGUGAUCACACUCCUCGGCAGCCUGAGUGACUCGUAUCAAUUCUUGAUCACAGCUUUGGAGUCGCGCUCAGACACUCUUAGCUGGGAGCUCGUGACGUCUCGACUGCUUCAUGAAGAAAUGAAGCGGAAGGAGCAAGGAAGUAAAGGUGAUGAAGCUUCGCAAGGUCAAGCGUUCAUCACAAGGGACAAUCAGCGCAAAGGGCGACCAGUGAAGAAGUCCUGGCCGUGCCACAAUUGCGGAAAGAUUGGUCAUUGGAUGGCGGAGUGCCCCUCGCGCAUCCAAGAAAACACGGAGAGACACCGGCCACAGCGUGCUCAAGACAGCGGCGACCGCUAUCGAUCACAACGUGCAAACGUCGCUCAAGAAGAAGACUCGGGCGACUACCUCUUUUCGAUCGGUGAAACGACAUCUGCGAAAUCGAGCGACAUCUGGACUGGUCGACUCCGGGGCGACGCAGCACAUGACGUGCUCCAAGAAGUUCAUGCGGAACUACAAGGGGUUUGA